GGGUGCACAGAACAGAAUCUUGGGGCAGAGGCGGCAAAGGAUCUAAUCCCUCCUCUCUCGGAGAGGGUGUGGCCCUGUGCCUUCUGGGUCAGGAUCUGUAGCUCUGGUUACACAAGGGAGGGAGGGGCGUGCCUGACUGGGAUUGGUGCAGAGUGGGGAGGGACGGGCCGCUUGGUCCCUCCUAGGCCUCUCUGGGAGUAGGCAUAAAGUCGCAGCUUGUCCAGAGACCCAGCUCAACCCUGCUGAAGCCAGUCUGAGAAGACCAGCACCAGCCACAGCACCAGCACUAUGCCUAUGAUACUGGGAUACUGGAAUGUCCGCGGUCUGACACAAUCCAUCCGCAUGCUCCUGGAGUACACAGACUCAAGCUAUGAGGAGAAGAAAUACACCAUGGGGGAUGCUCCCGAUUAUGAGCAAAGCCAGUGGCUGAGUGACAAAUUCAAGCUGGGCCUGGACUUUCCCAAUCUGCCCUACUUAAUUGAUGGGUCACACAAGAUCACCCAGAGCAACGCCAUCCUGCGUUACAUUGCCCGCAAGCAUAACUUGUGUGGAGAGACAGAAGAGGAGAGGAUUCGUGCCGACAUUGUGGAGAACCAGGUUAUGGACAACCGCAUGCAGCUCAUCAGGCUCUGUUACAACCCAGACUUUGAGAAGCUAAAGCCAGAGUUCUUGACGACCAUCCCUGAGAAGAUGAAGCUCUAUUCUGAGUUCCUGGGCAAGCGGCCAUGGUGUGCAGGGAACAAGAUCACCUAUGUGGAUUUCCUCGUUUAUGACAUCCUUGACCAGCACCGUAUAUUUCAGCCCCACUGCCUGGAUGCCUUCCCAAACCUGAAUGACUUCAUGGUCCGCUUUGAGGGCCUGAAGAAGAUAUCUGACUACAUGAAAAGCAGCCGCUUUAUAUACAAACCAUUUUAUGUAAAGCUGUCCUUUUGGAACCCAAAAUAGGACUACAAAGCCCAGACCCACAAGAAUUUUCAUGACCACCCUGCUGGCUCAGGCCCUUGGGCAUGGCUCUGUGUCCCCACCAAAUGUUGUUUUCUUCUUCUUUCUAUCCCCUAUUCCUCCAUUUCUUCUUACAAGCCCUUCCUUCAGUCAAGCCUCUGAAUCCCUGGACUCCCCAUGUCUUCCUCAGUCUCCUGCUCCUAUUCCUUUUUCCUGCCCUGCAUCCAGCCAUCCCUCACAGCUGCUUGGAGGAAUGGACCUGCCAUGGUCCAUGGCAUAUGACAGCAGAUGAUAACUGAUAUUCAUAAGGUCAACCCACGAGAUGAAUAACUCUCUGAUGGAGGAAACUCGUCAAUCAAGGCUUCCAGGGCCAGUGCCUAUGAAUGACUCUAGUGCUUCUGGCUGUACUUUCUCAUGUGCCACUACAUUUCUCCCCUAAAAACAGUAUUUCCCCCACUGCCUGUGUGUUUAUCUCGUGAAUAUAUUCCAUCUACUGGGCACAUAUGUGUCUGUCAAUGGUCAAGAAGAUGA